AUGUUAUUAGCAGCAAAGUAUGGGGUGGUGGAGAUGGUUAGCAGACUUUUCCAACAUUUUCCAUUGGUGAUUCGUGAUAGUGACCAAGACAAGAAGAAUGUGGUUCUUUUGGCUGCAGAAAAGUUCAUUUUUCUGCUUAUUAAGAAGGUGGAAUCUGUUUGGCACGAACUUAAUAAAUGUCGACUAAGGUUUUGGGUUGCUAUAUCUAAUUUGCUCAUUACCAGGGAUAUAGAGUGGGCAAAUCUGGUUUUUGGGCUUGAGCAGGUUGAGACAGUGGAACAAUUUGGUGUUGUAGUCCUUAUUUUUGCUCGAGGACUGGAGUUUUCUUUGACAAAGAUUGAUCUUCAGGUUGAACUCCAAUAUCAACAUGAAUAUGCUGGAAUAAGCACUGGCAUUGGUCCGACUGCCAACCCCAUUGUUAACUUCGCUGGUGUUAUUGGAAAUGAGAAACUCUCACUUGGAAUAGAUUUGUCAUUUGACACUGCUUCAGGAAACAUUACUAAAUUGAAUGCAGGCCUGAGUUACACUCACUCUAACCUUAUUGCGGCACUUACCUUGUAA